AAAAUGCAAACAGAAGAAACAAGCACAAACUCCAGUGGAUCUUAUUCAAACUCAAGCAGUGAUAGUGUAGCCAACUGGGAGCAGUAUGUCGGUGAGGACGGUUCACUAUUCUAUAUUGAGUACAUACCUGUUCCAGUGUACAAGAACACUGGGGCAGGCGAUAAGGUAGAAUUCCAUCGAGAUCUCCCUCUGAGAGGUGGCAAAAAAAGUUGUCGACGUCAGCCAUCACUUAAAGGCGAAAGUAACAGCGCUGAUAACCACAUCCUUUUCUCCAAUGUUAACACAAGCGACGACGGUUCAAAAACGUUGGAACUAGUUAUAACUGCUGCUGAUCGCUAUCGCUUUGGUAGACGUUCCACAGCUGCCGAAUCUAUUUUGGGAUUCAGUCUUGUUCCAUUCUUUGAUCAACCGGAAUGUUUAAUGGUUCAUGGGUUCGUUCAUGAUAUGCCCGAAUUUUUUCAGCAAGGAAAGCAUAUUCCCAUAGGCAGAGGGGAUUGGUUUAAGUCGUUGGACAACAUUGAAAUUCGUGCCAGUAACAUAGAUGAUUUAUUAUUACAAUUCGGUGAACCGACCAAAGUUUGUCUUAAGUUUCAGGGGCAGAAUUCUGUAAAUUCACAGCAUUCUCUUCAGCACAACGACGAAAACGAGCCUACUCAAUGCAAGAUAGAAAAUUAUACGCAAUUCAUGCAGCACUUUGAAAAAUUGCAAAAGUUUAGUGACAACGUCAUGAUAUUUGGUUUAUUGAUCCUUCCGCCUGAAUGCUAUCAAAGCGAUGAUCAUAAAUCGUCUUUGUAUUACUAUCCAGAGGAUACAGACAAUUUCCUCUAUAAAGGCCGUGGCAGCUUUCUUACUUUGAACACUGUCCUGUCCGAGGAAUUGAAAACAAAACCAUUUGCGUCUACGCUAACAGUCAAUGGUGAAGAAUUCAUUGUUUUCUACCGUAAUAUAAAUGGCUUUCUAGUUUUGGUGUCCUUCCUGUCUUCAAUGGUAUCGAUAUCCGAGGGUUACUUGCGGACUGAUGAGUUUCUGACAUAUCUAAGUUUUAUGCAGCCACACAUGAGUCUGAACAGUUUUAAGGACACAUCGUUCCUAAAAUUCAUGAGAAAUUUUUGCAAUGUUCAACGUAUAAGGUUGCUCUCCCUAAAGGAACGUCAGAGAUUGGAGUUCUUAGAAGAGUCGCUCAAGGAGACCAAGUACUUACCUCUUCCGAAAGAGGCACAGCUGAGAAUGUUCGAUGCCCUGAGCGAAAUGGAAGCUAUGGACUAUCGCAAUUGGAACGAUGAACCACUGCACACACACCGUGAGUUCUUUAUUUAUGGAAGCACAUUGUACUACGAUAGCUUUAUGCUCAUCUCCCAAAUGCCAUUGGAUAUAAGGCAAUACAUUGAAGUAUUUUUGCGCUGUCGAGCAGUCUUUGAAUUUAAUACUAAAUACAACACCAAGGAGCUCUAUAUUUGGGAAGAGAUACAAAUUCCCGAAUAUAAAACCGAUAGAUAUUUUCUAGCCGUCUGUGGUCGGGGACAUCUAAUUUUAUGCGUUAUAUUAAAACUAUUUUGCUCUGCGGAAGUUAGUAUGGAUGUUAGAGUGGAGCCAUCGCUCUUUUACAUAGAAGAGAUACAGGAAACCAUCGAUCAUCUUGUUCAGUGCGGCAUUGAAUCAUUGGCUAUGUUCUGGUCAGUUUCUAACAAACGUCCAGAGGUACAGACAAGCUUCACAGAGGGCAAAAGUACAGAAACUACAAAGGAUCCCAAGAAAAAUGAAGGCUCUAAUAAAAAUCACAAAUCUUCGCCCUCUUCGGGAAACUCCAGCCAUGCACAUCGCUAUGACGACGACACACAGCCAUGUUCCUCUUUAGGGGGAUCAUCAGUGCAUAGUUUAACCCCAAGCGAAGAUGACUCGAGUAAGAAACGUUUAAUUUCAAAUGCCGACGAUAGCGACAGUGGUUCUGAUUGGGAACAUUUUAUGGAUGAAAAUGUUUUACGCUGUGGAACUGAUGCAGAAUUAAAAUCUCAAGUCACCGAGUCUCUGUGGAAAGAAAUUAACAAUGUUGUUCCAAUCAACAUAUCUUCGGGUUGCACCAACGACAUAUAUUACUACAUUUACGUUGAUGGCAUUAACAAUACAUCUUUUUCUCCACUAAAAUCCAUGAAAGAUAUUGCCCCAUUUGCCCGUGAUAUGCACUUGGGAUUUCAUAGAAUACGUCAAAUUUUACAAAGUAGUAAGCAAAUUAGAGAUUUGCAAAAAUCCCCAAGUGCUAUGAUUCCAGUCAAAGAACAUGGAAUUGCCAUGGAAGUUACAGAGAAUUCCAUUACAUAUAAGUUUGUUGUUGUAGGUAGAUUAUUUUUAUCGCCUCCGAAAGAGGUAUAUAUUUGUCAUAAGCCCGAAAUGCCUGCUAAUAUGGUGGAGUUGGCUUUUAGAUUGUCAUUCUUUCCAUCCGGAUAGUGUGUUAGUCUGUUAAAAGUGUUUACAUUAAUAUCUAUUAUGAAAGUAUCAAUAAUAAUUUGCGACAUACUUAUUUAGGUGCAAUAAACAUUUCUAUGUAUCCUUUAAGGCCUUAUUCAUACACUAUGAAUUACAUCAAUGCAUAUGUAGUAUAUAAACGCACGUAUGACUAAGUGUAAAAUAAAAGUUUAUAAUUU